CUCGGAAUUUUUGGUUAUUUAUGUUUUGAAAAACAUUUUAGGGAAAUCUCGCACUGAAACUCUACUAGACAGGAGUUACAAACGUGCUGUAAGCAUUGGUUAUCGUCGAACGUAACCUCAACCGUACGCCCAGACACGCGAAUUCAACGUCGUACGCUCUCCUUAAACCACCGAUAUCCCUCGCCGGCGCCCUCUUUCUUUCCUUCUACGGAACUCGCAGUCAGUACUUUCUUCAAUGAGUAGAUACGAUAGCCGCGCGGCCGACCCAGACACGUAUCGUGACCGUCGAAGUGACUCUGGGUUUGGCGGCGGAUCAACAUAUCGGGCAUCUUCAACAGCUAGGAAAGACUAUGAGGGUAGUGACUCGCCACGGAAAUUGGAUUUAGAGGGGUUGACCCCAUUUGAGAAGAAUUUCUAUGUCGAGUCGCGGUCAGUUGCGGCAAUGACGGACAGCGAUGUGGAUGAGUAUAGGCUGCGACGGGAGAUAACAGUAGAAGGCCCAGAUGUGCCCAAACCAGUGAAGAGCUUCAAUGAUGUGGGGUUUCCAGAAUAUGUAAUGGAUGAAAUUGAGAAAGCUGGCUUUACUGAACCUACACCUAUUCAAGCUCAAGGAUGGCCUAUGGCCUUGAAGGGCCGUGAUCUCAUUGGUAUUGCAGAAACAGGUUCAGGGAAGACACUAGCAUACCUACUUCCAGCGAUUGUACACGUUAAUGCUCAGCCAUUUUUAGCACCGGGAGAUGGCCCUAUUGUGCUAGUAUUAGCUCCAACUCGUGAACUUGCUGUCCAAAUCCAACAAGAAGCUACUAAAUUUGGUGCCUCAUCAAAGAUUAAGAACACUUGCAUAUAUGGAGGGGUUCCAAAGGGACCCCAAGUUCGUGAUCUUCAGAAAGGCGUUGAAAUUGUUAUUGCUACACCUGGAAGAUUGAUUGACAUGUUAGAAUCCCAUCACACAAACUUGCGUAGGGUUACAUAUCUUGUGUUGGAUGAGGCUGACCGUAUGCUGGACAUGGGAUUUGAACCUCAAAUCAAGAAAAUUGUUGCCCAGAUACGACCAGAUCGUCAAACUCUGUACUGGAGCGCUACAUGGCCAAAGGAAGUUGAGCAACUUGCUAGAAAAUCCCUUUACAAUCCGUACAAAGUCAUUAUUGGUUCAGAAGAUCUUAAAGCUAAUCAUGCAAUUCGCCAGCAUGUGGAAGUUGUCUCCGAAAGCCAAAAAUAUAACAAAUUGGUGAAGUUAUUGGAAGACAUUAUGGAUGGUAGCCGGAUUCUGAUAUUUAUGGACACUAAAAAAGGAUGUGAUCAAACAACUCGGCAACUUAGGAUGGAUGGUUGGCCUGCACUCUCUAUCCACGGGGAUAAGAGCCAAGCAGAAAGAGAUUGGGUCCUUUCAGAAUUCAAAGCUGGCAAGAGUCCCAUAAUGACAGCUACAGAUGUUGCUGCUCGAGGGUUAGAUGUGAAGGAUGUAAAAUAUGUCAUCAACUAUGAUUUCCCAGGAUCCCUGGAGGACUAUGUUCAUCGGAUUGGUCGAACAGGAAGAGCAGGUGCCAAAGGAACAGCUUACACAUUCUUCACAGUUGCAAAUGCCAGAUUUGCAAAAGAGCUUAUUAGUAUUCUUCAAGAGGCAGGACAGAAAGUCAGCCCUGAUCUAGCUGCCAUGGGACGUGGUGCUCCUCCUCCACCUCCAGGAGGCCAUGGGGGUUUCCGAGAUCGUGGCAGAGGUUUUGGAAGUGGACAACGAAAAUGGAAUUAAGAGCUCAAAGACUAAUAUCAUUGCAAGCCCGCAUAUCGUUUGGGAGAUGGUUAUUGAGGCGAGGUGAUGGGGGUAUAUUACCAACCUUUUGUCUUGUAAGCUUAACUUUAUAGUUCCAACUUCCAAGUGAAUUGAUGGUUGAUACUCCAUAAUGGGGACAGAAGACAUGUGUAAUUUCAUUAAUCUAUCAUUAUACGGUAAUAUUAAAGAUAUCUGACUCAUUGUUUUUCAGGCAAUCUGGAACACUAGCUAGUUUUUGUUAAUUUAAUUUGGAGUGCAGUAGAUUUGUUUUUUUUAUCGAUAGCUUCCAAGAAGUUUGUAUGUAUUUUGUUUUCCUAAUUUAUCAAGGACAGACCUAUCUUUAUAAACUCUGCAGUAUUUAUUAGUAUUGAGUGUUGAAAUCAAAGCCAUUAAGC